UAAAAGGGCUCCCCUGAAUCAGAACUGUAUGAAAGGUUCCGAGCUUGCAGCUGUAGGGAACCACGUGAGGCCAGGGCGCGUUUCCGGUGCGGGCAGUCGCCGCCAGAGUUAAAGACCCGGCGUCAGAAGGGGACCAUGGCCAACAGCGAGCGUACCUUCAUCGCCAUCAAGCCUGAUGGGGUCCAGCGGGGGCUUGUGGGAGAGAUCAUCAAGCGAUUCGAGCAGAAGGGAUUCCGCCUGGUUGGUUUGAAAUUUAUUCAGGCUUCAGAGGAUCUUCUCAAGGAGCACUACAUUGACCUGAAGGACCGCCCCUUCUUUUCUGGCCUGGUGAAGUACAUGCACUCAGGACCGGUGGUUGCUAUGGUCUGGGAGGGACUGAAUGUUGUGAAGACAGGCCGGGUGAUGCUUGGAGAGACCAACCCUGCAGACUCUAAGCCUGGGACCAUACGAGGAGACUUUUGCAUUCAAGUUGGCAGGAACAUCAUUCAUGGCAGCGAUUCUGUGGAGAGCGCAGAGAAGGAGAUCAGUUUGUGGUUUCAGCCUGAGGAGCUGGUGGACUACAAGAGCUGUGCGCAGAACUGGAUCUAUGAGUGACAGCAGGGCCCCUGCUUUUUUUCUGUCUACUGACCCUUGAUCUCACAGGCAGGGGAGCAGCAGCUCUAGAUCUUUCUGGAACUUCUCUGAACUGGAAGAAGCCUCUGGGUGCUGUGACUCCCUGUGCAGUGUUAAGUGCCACUGGUAGAUUAAAGUGUUUCGUCUGUA